CUUGAAUACUUGUAUCAAAUGUCAGAUUCUUUGGAAGAAAUCAAUGCUCACCGAGCUAAAUUGGGUUUACCAGCCAUCAGUGCCGAAGUUGAAGAAAAUAGUGAAGGAGAACAAAUAGAAGAACCUAUCGAUAAAGAUCAAGAAGCCUAUGACAAUUAUCAACGAGUUAAGGAAGAAAAAGAAAAGGCGACAAAAAGACAAGAGAUUUUGGAUAGAAUUGAAAAAUCCAAGAAUCGAAGAAAGCAACAUGAAAAACUAAAAGGAAAAGGAUUGGCGGACGACGAUGACGAUGUUGAUGCUUUGGCUUGGAUUCGAAAAUCACGUCAAAGAGAAAAAGAACUUGCUGAACAACGGGCAAAAGCAUUACAAGAUAUGGAUGAAGAACAGCAACGACAACAACAACCAAAGUACAAGGCAUCAGAUCUUCGAGGACUCAAAGUAGCUCAUGAUAUCUCGGCUUUUGAAGAAGGCAUGGAAACUAUUUUAACACUCAAGGAUCGUGGUAUUCUGGAUGAAGAUGGUGCUGAAGCUGGAUCUGACGAUGAAUUGACCAAUGUGAAUCUGGAAGAUCGAGAACGACUGGAGAAGAAUUUGGAAAAUAAAAAGAAAAAGCCUGGAUAUAACCCUUAUGACGAUGAUGAAUUCUUACUUGGAGAAGGAGAACGACCCAGUAUUCUUUCACAGUACGACGAAGAGAAGAAAAAGGAAGGUUUUGUACUAGGUAAACAUGGUAGCGUCACUUCAGCAUCUGUAGCAGCAACGAGGGCAAAACACCAAGCUAGUCAACCUCAACUAUCUGUGGCAGAGAAAUUGAAAGCACAAUCUUUAGAUUAUGACAAGACUCAGAACAUCAAGGAUUAUUAUACCCAGGAUGAAAUCAAUCUUACAUUCAAGAAACCCAAAAAGUUGAAGAAGAAGAAGAAAAUCAGACAACGACCAUCAACUAUGGAUGAUGAACAACAAGAAACAUCAAAACAGUCGGUAGAAGAUGGCAAUCAACAAGAAGAAGAAGAAGAAGAAAAAGAAAGAAUACCUUAUCAACCUCCUUUGGAUGCCAACUUUGUAGAUGAUGAUGAUCUGCAACAAGCUUUAGCCAGAGCUCGAAGGGAAGCUAAUCGACAAAAGAAGAAACAGUUAAAACGAAUGACUCCUGAAGAUAUUGCACGAUCCAUUGCGGAAGAACGACAAUCUCAAGUAACUCCAGGUGAAGAAGAUAAUAAUGAUGAUGAUCAAGAACAAGGUGGAUUGGUACUUUCAGAAACAACCGAAUUCCUCAACUCUGUAGGCAAUGUACCGAUUUAUGCAAGGGAACAACGACAAACACGUACUCCUGAUGUUGAACAAGAAAAUGAGGUGACCAAGAAAACGACUGUAACAGAUAUGGAUGAAGAACCAUAUGAAUCGACAUCUCCUCCACCUCAAGCUGAUACGAAUACUGAUAAGCCUAUAGAAGACAAAGAUUUGGAACAAGUGAUAGAUGAACCAUUGGUUGGUCAUGGGUUGGCUGCUACUCUCUCAUUACUUACUCAGAAAGGCUUAAUGAAAAAGGCAACUCCAGCACAAAUAGAACGAGAUCGAAUUGUAGCGGAUCAAAUUAAAUGGCAAGCAGAAAGUCGAAAACGGGAACAACAAUUAAAUCGACAAAUCCAACAACGCAACAGUGGUAGUGGUGAAAGAGAUCGACAUAGGGAUUAUGAUGUGGAACGACAAAAAGAACGUGAAGAAAGAGAUAGGUUACGAGAACAACAACUACGAAUGGAAAAUUACAAACCGGAUGUGUUUUUAGAAUAUGUAGAUGAUCAAGGUCAUGUUUUGAAUACAAAGGAAGCAUUCCGAUAUCAAUCUCAUAAAUUCCAUGGCAAAACAUCUGGCAAGGGCAAGACAGAAAAACGUAUGCAAAAGUUGGAAGAAGAAAGAAAACUCAAUAUGAUGAGUAGUACGGAUACUCCAUUAAAUUUGGCGGGUGCUCUCUUGGAACGUCAACAAAAGACUGGUAAUGCACAUGUGGUCCUCAGUGUGGGUAAUCGUGGGGUGGUACCUUCCGAAGCAGCCAAGGAAUUAGGUAUCAAGCGUAGUUUAGAACAAAAAAAGGAUUCACCAAAUAAAAAACGAUGAAAGGGUUGUAUUGUCAUUAUCACAUUAUUUAUAUUAUUUUC